AUGUCUCGUCCUGAGGAUACCCUUCCUCCCGACCUUCACUACAACGAUACCGAGGCCCGCAAAUACACCUCCUCGUCCCGCAUCCAAAAUAUCCAAGCCUCAAUGACGAACCGCGCCCUCGAACUCCUCGCCCUCGAUGCACCCGCCAUGAUCCUCGACGUGGGCUGCGGCUCCGGCCUCUCGGGCGAGAUCCUGUCCUCCGUCGAUCCCUCCGAAGGCGGUCCGCACAUCUGGGUCGGUAUGGAUAUCUCGGCGUCCAUGCUGGACGUUGCACUGCAGCGGGAUCUGGAGGGCGAUCUCAUGCUGGCGGAUAUUGGGCAGGGCGUGCCAUUUCGCGCGGGGACAUUCGACGCCGCGGUGAGCAUCAGCGCUAUCCAGUGGCUUUGUAACGCGGAGAGCAGUGAGGUUUCGAGCGAGGGGAGACUAUCGCGGUUUUUCAAUGGGCUGUAUGCGUGUUUGAAGCGAGGGGGGAGGGCAGUGUGUCAGUUCUAUCCUAAGAACGAACAGCAGCGCACCAUGAUCAGCGGAGCUGCCAUCAAAGCCGGUUUCGGCGCUGGUAUUCUCGAGGAUGAUCCGGGAACUAAGAAUGCGAAGCUGUAUCUGGUGUUGACGGUUGGAGGGGGCAAUGAAGACGGUGGUAAUGGGGACAUCACGGGGGUAGUGAAGGGGAUGGAAGGCGUAGACGUGUUGGAUGCGAGGAGGAAGCAUAGAGAGAAGGGGAGAAAGGUAGUGAAGGGGAGUAAGCAGUGGAUUUUGAGCAAGAAGGAACAGAUGGAGCGGAAGGGCAAGGUGGUCAAGGCCAACUCGAAGUAUACGGGUCGGAAGAGGAACAUCGCGUUUUAG